AUGGUGUCACGGCGAGCCCGCGGACUGCGCCAUUUCCUUGAUGCAAUACGGUCUGCAAAAACUCGCGAGAUAGAGUCGAGAUGCGUCACGUUUGAAUUAGCUAAGAUUAGGGGCAAAUUCGAACAUGCACGUAGAUGCGGCGGCAAUGCGAAAAUGCUGUCCUCGUACGACUUUAAAAAGUAUGCAUGCAAGCUGUUUUACAUUAGAGUUCUGGGUUAUGUGGUUGACUUUGGACUUUGGGAAACUGUCGUUCUCAUGGCAUCGAGAGAUCUGUCGGAGAAAGCGACCGGAUAUGCCCUUGCAAGCUUACUGGUG